GGGGCAGCGCGAGAAGAAGGGGGUCCAGGCAAGGCAUAGCAAUAUUCAUAUUUAGCGACAACAACAACCUUUACGAAAAUGAUUGUUCCGUGAUGAAAGAAUGGUGAAAUGUGAGCCAGUUUCACCCAAAGACACGGAUGAAAGCACUGGACUGUGAUAUACAGGAUGUGGCCUCGCUUCUCUGGAUCUAUGACAGAUGAUGAAGAAGGGGCCGACCGUGUGAAUCCAACUCCUCUUACCUCCUCUACCCUUCCAUUUACUGGCUGAAACACAUACUGUAUUUUCUUGUUGAAACGCUAAAGUAUUUAAUUGCACAAAAUAAUGUAGCAGACAGCUUAGCCUUGGAGAUAUUUGACCUCUUUGAAACCCCAUCUUUCAGGGGUCUGGUGCAUUGUCUGUUUAACUUUUCAUUUUAGAUGGGGUUGAGCACAACACCUCAGUUCACACUCAUUUGUAAAUUAUUAGACCAAUGUGCCGUGUUUGCCUCCCGUCAGUUACCCCAGCUGUGCAAUCACUUCAGGUUUCUGUUGCAUGUUUGAAGUGAUUUGAUAGACCAACGGGUCAGUCAGCGCCCCUGGCCUUUCAGGAGGAUGAACGGCUCUCUUUUAACUCCGCCCAGUCCACGGGCGACAAACUCCUCUCCAUUACCUCCCUCACCUUCCCCAUCUCCAUCCCCACCAUCUCCCUCUUUGCUGCCCCUGUCCCCUCGGCCACCCCCUCUCCCACCUCUGGUGAGCCCUCCACCCCAGGCCCACCCAUCCUCCCUCUCAGACACCCCCACACCCUCCCCCUCGCCUUGCCUGAGCUGGACCGAAUUCUGUGAGCUUCAUGCCCGCGUUGCAGCCGGUGACUUUGCACGCCACUUCCGGGCUUUUCUCCUGGAAAAUCCUCACUACUCCCCUGAUUCAGCAGCCGCCUUCUGCCGGCGCUUCACUGACCGCUUUGUUCGUCACUUCCAGAGUGAGCUGGAGGGGGCGCUCCCGCCAAGCUGUGCUUCUGGUAGGGACGAAAUGGUGAGCUGGGCUCCCCAGUCAGAUGCUACUUCCCUGGAAGAGGAAGCAGUCUCCCCUUUGUCAGCAACCGGGGGAGCAGUCCUCCCAUGUCCCCAAACUAACACAACACGGGCUUCAUCCAAGCCUGCACCGACACGGCUGGUGUUGGAGAACCGCAGCGGGGACAGGUUUCAAGAUUCUUAUGCUCACGGCCAAGUCCUGCCACCAUCGUCCUCAUCGUCAUGUUGCUCCUCAGUGGGAGGGAACAACGGGAGGCGUGAAGAGAGAGGGGCCAUGAUUGCCCCUGGGAAUGGGGAGGCACCAGUUGAGGAAGAGGAGGACAGCUGGCUCGGGGUGUCUUCUGUCGGGGAGGAUGUUGAGCCAGAAGAACGGGAAGCAGAGUCCACAGAGGUGGACAGUGCUGACCCCUCCCACACUCCUCAGAUUCCACCUUCCUCAUCCUCCGCCAGUCCUCCACCCGACUCCAAAGGUAACAGCACGCCCAACUCCUCCAAAAACAAACUGAAGAAGCGCUUUUCACUGCGGAGUGUGGGUCGUAGUGUUCGGGGGAGUGUCCGGGGCAUCCUUCACUGGCGAAGCUCCUCCAGUGACUCGGCCCAGAGCCAGCUGCCCUCCAGCUACAGCUACACUAUGGGUGUGCAGGACGCUAGCUUGGUUUCAGCCUCUAAGAGGAACUCUGGUACGCAGCCUCCCACACCCACCUCCUCCAUGCCUGUCUCUCUGUCCAUGCCCCUCUCCCUCCCCCACUCCUCCUCCUCCUCUCUGCCUCCCUCAUCUUCAAGCAGCGCCACCUCUCUGUCUCUGUCGGAGGCCGCUCGGGAUCGGCGGCGGAGCAACGGUGAAGGAGGUGAGAAGGAGAAGUGGAGCCAUCGUCUGGAGAAGCUCAGACUGUCACGAUCCCCUCCUCCUGUCCUCACCCCCACCGCCGCCGGCUCUCACUCCACCUCCUCCACACUGCCUCCGAGUAGUGCUGCCGCCGCCGCCAUGGGACCUCCACGAAAGGUAGGCCGGCUGGUGAGAGAGGGAGGAGUGAGCGUUAGCUCAUCCAGUGAUGAGUUAAGUGGGAGCCACGGCUUUUCUGGCUUCUCGUUCGGUCUUCUGCAUCACGGUACGGACAACAACAACGCUGCCUCAGCUUCAUCUGCAGCAGCUCAGACAGGCCAGGUGCAGCCUCUAGCCAGUGGAGGGAACGUGCCCUGGAGAGGAGGACGCUGGCAUAAAUGUCGUCUGGUCCUCAGAGAAAGGGACAGAGAGGGUGGUGAGCGGGGAGAGGAGUACUACCUGGAAUUCUUCAUUCCACCCAAAUCGUCAAAGCCGCGGCUGACAGUCCCUUGCUGUUCAAUUGUUGAUGUGAGGAGCACCACAGCGCUGGAGGUCCCUGACAAGGAGAACACCUUUCUGCUGCAGCUGGAAGGGUCAGCGCAGUAUGUGAUUGAGACACGAGAUGCUGUCCAGAUGAGAGCCUGGCUGAAUGACAUCAGGAACGGCAUCUGUCUCAGUGAACAGGAAGAUGCUGAAGGUGUGUGUGGGGGGCCAUUAGACAUCAGUGGAACUCCUGAAAUCGUCGAUCGUCUUUCACAAGUGUGUUAUGGAGGUAUAGGAGGCUCCUCACCUCUGAUGGAUCCUCUCCCACCGGAGCUGCCACCUCGAGCCCCUCUCGACGAACCAGACGGCCGUAUUCUUGGGGGAGGCGGGGCCAGUCUGGGCACACCUUUCGCCGAGACACCUGAUGCCACAGGGUCCUUCCUGUUCUCUGAGGUGACGUCUGCUGAGGUGGUGGAGCAUCCUCUCAGCGAAUGUCAGUGGUUUCACGGCACGCUGUCCCGCCUCAAAGCUGCUCAGCUGGUGUUGGCUGGAGGCCCGGCGAGCCAUGGCGUCUUUCUAGUUCGCCAGAGCGAGACACGGCGUGGGGAGUACGUCCUGACCUUUAACUUCCAGGGCAAGGCCAAGCACCUCCGUUUGUCCCUGAACGAGGACGGUCAGUGUCGAGUGCAGCACCUGUGGUUCCAGUCCAUCUUCGACAUGUUGGAGCACUUCCGGGUGCACCCGAUCCCCCUGGAGUCUGGCGGCGCCUCGGACGUCACGCUCAUCAGCUUCGUGGGUGCCACAGCUGUUCGCCAGCCAGACUUGACCAGCAGACCCCGUAGCCCUCCUCAGCCUCCUCCGCUGCCCCCGGGCCGGCCGCCGCCCCCGACUCCACCCCAGGAGAGAGGAAAUGAGACGGAGCUGGGAGGGGGAGGAGGAGCAACUGUGGUGACGAUAGCAGUAACAGGAGGAGGAGGAGGAGGAGGAAGCGGAGGCAGCGGAGGUGGUAGUGGAGGAGGAGUGGAGGACUGGGAGGAGAGGGACAGGGACACUCCUCUCCGCCAACUAGAAGCUGUGGAGGGAGAAGAGAGGGAUGGAGCGAGGGCGCCCCGAGCCAUCGAUAACCAGUACUCCUUCUUCUGAUGAAGGGAAGGCCAAGAGGGGGAGGAGUGUGUAUGUAUGUUUGUGUUUCUGACUGUGUGUGUGUGUGUGUGUGUGUGUGUGUGAGUGAAAGUGAGAUUGGAUGAGGCGGCGUACAUCAUAGCCAUUCAUAACCAGUAUUUUUAUUUUGUUAGCAAGUUGGAGGAGACGGAGGAGGAGGAGGUGUAAAAGUACUAACACUAUACGAGAGAGAGAAGACUUAAGCAGACAGAGAGACGGGCAAGAGCAGCUUUACAACACUAACUUAGCGGUACAUUUCUUUUUAUUUUUCUAGUCUGAUAAGCUUUGUUUCUGCCGGUACGCCUCACAGCAGGCUCUUUCUUCUAUGUGCAAGUGAACAGUAGUGAGAGUUUGAGCCCUGUGAAGCCAGCAGUCCCAAUACCUCACAGUGGUCCUGCCAAGACGGCACAUGCUCGCCAGAGGCCAAACAUACUCUACAGACAUUUCUACUGUGGCAGGUAGACCCAAAACAAUUCACUCUCAGUGGGACGGAGACAACGUUACAGCAACCUCCAUUAAAAAAAAAAAAACAUGAUCCGGGCUUAAAGCUUCUGCACAAACC